AUGUCAAUCGGCGAUUCACCCAAGAUCCGUGACGUCACGAUCGGCACGCUCACAUUCUCAUCCGAUUUUGACUCGGGCAAUACCUGUACUGUGGACUAUGACACAGUAUCCAACACGCCUUACCUCUCACAGAUGAAAGCUAUCACCAAUGCAUUGGAGGGAAGAGUGUGUCCUCAGAUAACAUGGGCAAACAACGGAAGCUGUUCAAUGUCCACAGACUACGCCCAGCACACUCCAGAGUCCACUGUAUAUUUUGCUAUGUGCUACCCUUUCGGUUACGAAGACCUGCAACUCUAUCUUCAAGAGCUCGAGGAUAUAUGUCGUGAAAUUCUACGUCUCGGCCACGAUGUAUGCUUCUCACGCGAGCUUCUCACAAGGAGCCUGCACGGACGUAGAGUAGAUGUCCUCACCAUAACUUCAAGCUCCAAUGAAAUUGACAAUCAACAAGGGCCUUCCUAUCCCUCGACGAAGCCAGUGAUAUUGCUGACAGCUAGAGUCCAUCCUGGAGAGACACCUGGACAGUUUGCUUUGCUUGGAGCACUCAAUUUCGUAAACGAUCCUCGAGCAGUAGCGCUUCGAUACCAUUACGACUUGAAGUUCGUGCCAAUGAUAAACCCUGAUGGAGUGUAUAUGGGCAAUUACCGAACCAACAGUCGUGGCCUUAACUUGAAUAGGUUCUACCAUAAUCCCGGGCCUGAGCAUGAAGCAGUUAUGGCGAUUGUUGACCUUGCACGAAUCUAUGCCAAGAGGGGUAUGCUUGAACUAUACGUCGAUAUGCAUGGGCAUGCCAAUAAGACCGGAUGCUUCCUGUAA